AUGUCCGUCUCCGCCUUCCCAAUCCCCUGUCUUCUCCCCCUCCUCAACGGCGCAGGUAGCCUUCUGGGAAGCGGCGGCCUGAGCGGAAGUCUGAGCGGAGCUCUCAGCGGCAGUGGCAGCGCCGACGCCGGUCUGGAUACUGGUUUCGGCGCCGGAGCCAGCGGUAGCGCCAGCGGCAGCGGAAGUGCCAGCGGACAUGGUGGAUUUGGUCUCGGAAUUGGGGGUGGCCUGGGCGCCGGAGCGUCUGGCACUGCCGGGCUCGGUGGCGGCUUCGGUCUGGGUGCUAGUCCUACUGCUAGCGCUGGUCUUGGCGGCAGUGCUGGGCUUGGACUUGGUCUUGGAGGAAGUGGAAGUGCUGGAAUUGGAGGAAGUGCCAGCGGAGGUGCCGGCGUUGAAGGUUCCGGCGGCGCUGAUGUUGGUGGAAGUGCCAGCGGUGGUGUUAGCGGUGGAGCCGGCAUUGAAGGCUCUGGCAGCGCCAGUGGCAGCGCUGGUGGCAGUGCUGGUGCCGGUAUUGAAGGCUCCGGCGGUGCCGAUGUUGGCGGAAGUGCCAGCGGCGGAGCAGACAUCGGAGGAAGUGCUGGUAUCGGGGGUUCUGGCAGCGUCGGUGGUGGUGCCAGCCUCGGCGGCAGCGCAGAUCUGGGAGCUGGUGCUGGACUUGGUGGCAGCGGCGAGGCCGGAGCUGGAAUCGAAGGCUCUGGUGAUGCCGGUCUGAGUGGCAGCGCUGGGAUUGGAGCUGGUGCUGCAGGUGAAGCUGGUGGACAGGGUGGCGUCGACAUCCCCAUUCCUUCGGUCUCUGCGUCUACGUAUCCCACCGCCACGACUACUUGGAUCAGCGCUACCACCAGCGUGAGUCUCUCGAAUGGCGGUGCCAGCGGUAGCCUCGAAGCUGGCGGCAGCAUCGGUGGAAGCGGUGGCUCUGGAGCCGGAGUUGAUGCCGGUAUUGGAGCUGACAUUGGAGCCGGUGCUGAUGCUCAAGGCGGUGCUGGAGUCGGCGCGGGUGCUGACACUGGAGCCGAUAUUGGAGCUGGAGCAGGGAUUGGUGCUGGAGCCGAUAUUGGCGCUGAUACCGGAGUCGACGCUGGAGAUGACACUGAGUCCGGAUCCGAAUGUGACGAUGACUCUGGCGACGAUACUGAGGCGGGCACUGGAGCGGAUGCUGGGGGUGACACUGGAGCUGAUGCGGAAGGGAGCGCAACUGCUGGAGCCGGUGCCAGUGCAACUGCAUCAGCCGACGCGCAUGCCCACGGCAGUGGAAAUGCUUCUGCCAACGCUAGUGCUGGGGCCUCCGCUGGUGUUGGCGGUGAUGCCUCUGCUAGCGCUGAUGCGCAAGCUUCUGCUGGUGUGAGCGGUCACUAG